AUGGGAAGACAUAGUCGCUCUCGUUCCCGCUCUCGAUCGCACUCCCGUUCUCGAAGCGACUCGAGAGAUUAUCAUCGUCAUCGUCGCCACGGCAGUAGUCGUCAUAGGGACUCAAGCAGCUAUUUAUCACGAGCCGAAUGGAAUGAAUUAAAAACCAAAUCAAAGUUCGGUCAUUCUACGGAAGGAAAUCGUUUUGGUGACGAUGACUUGGAUACACCUUUUGUUUGGAAGAAGAAAAAUGCACAGGGCGCGACAUCGGUAUCUGAGAAGCAAUUAGUUUUGAAACGACUGGAGAACAGCGAAGAGAUUCUAAAAACGCAAGCGAAGCGAAAAGAAGAAGAGGAGCGUCGUUUGGAGCGUCGCAAAAAGCGUGAAGAGCAAGAAGAAAGACGCGAAGAAAACGAAGCCAGACUGGCGCAACAGCGAGCCCAGGAGCUGCAACUCACGCAGAAACUCAUCGGGAUGCGUCUGCGCAUUUCAGGGAACCGCGAGAAGCCCAUCGACCGCAUUCUGAAGAACAUUCUUCUGCUGAACGAACUCAACAAACCGCUCACGCCGUUCGACAACUCCGUGCUGGGCCCCGAGAUCAAAAGCGAGAAGGAGCCCGUGGAGGACAUCAUCGCAUCAUUGUCUGCCUCGGACACCACGGUUCUCCUGCACGAUCUGGACGAGAUCAUGCAAGUUCCGCAGAUGGACGCGUACUUAAACUACCUCGCAGCGGUUCGCGCGGUGAUCGUCGAGCAUUUGGGGGACAACGGCGACGACGAGAAAGCCAUCCACGAUUCCGUCGUGAACGACGUGAAGGUGCUGGUGGAGGCGAAGUCCGCGGGGGAGAUCGACUCGCUGCGGCGCGAAAUCAGCGAGCAAAUGGAGUCGGGCGAGGCGAUGGACGUGGAUUAUUGGAGCGCCGUGGUGUCGCUGCUGCGCUUGGCGGCGUUCCGCGCGACGCUGCGGUCGGAGCAGACGCGGCUGAUGGAGCAGAGCGACCGAGAAGUGCGAGCUGGGCCGGCGAAUGGCGGGGAAGUCGAGUCGAAGGCGGAUUCCGGAGAGCGAAGCGGUGGAGAGAGAGUUCAGCCCGGAGCCCGUGGCGCGGUCGGCGAUCGCCGUGAAGAAUCUGCUGGUGCUGGACCCCGAGAGCGAUCGGAAGCAGCUGAAGGAGGAGCGCGAAAUGGUGCGGCAUCGCGAAUUGGAGGCUUUGUCGUGCCGAUUGAUCAAAGAAAGGCAGGGAGCGCUGCACGCAGAGCUCGCAGAGAGUGUUCGGUUCGACCGGGCUGCAGCGUAGGGGUGGAGAAUCGCGGUGAUCGAAGAGAGAGGACCGUGAAGGAACCGUUGCAGAAGGACGAGGAGGAGAUGCGCGAUGAGAUCUGUCUGCCGCACCAGACGUUUGUGUGGCAGCAGAAAUACACGCCACAGAAGCCUGUGUAUUUUAAUAAAGUUCGGAGCGGGUAUGACUGGAACCAGUACAAUCAAACGCAUUACGACGAGAAGAACCCGCCGCCGAAGGUGAUUCAGGGAUAUUCGUUUAAUAUUUUCUAUCCCGAUCUGAUUGAUAAAAAGCAACGGCCCUCGUUCUCGCUGGAGCCCGAUCCCACCGAUAGCAAUUGGUGUGUGAUUCGAUUCCAUGCGGGGGCGCCGUACGAGGACGUGGCGUUUCGAAUUGUAAAUCGUGCUUGGGACCGAAGUAGGAAAUCGCGGUUCCGGAACGACUUUGAGCGAGGCGUGCUCCAUCUCUAUUUUGAUUUUAAAAAGUAUCGAUAUAAGUUCACAUAG